AUGGCUCUUGCAAAUAUAUCUGGUAUCCCUGAUAAACACUGGCAACCAUCAUUCGUAGCAUUUGAAACAACGUAAAUAUAUAAUUAUUACUAAACAGAUUAUUACUCUACAAUUUUAGUUUUUCCAGUUUAUUAGUCUUCCUAAAUUGAUGGAUGCUCACAGAGUUUUCGAGAUCUUUAUACAUUCUUUUUAUCUAUAUCAUACUCAUUGAACAUAAUAAUAAUACUGAAAUUAUUUUCUAAUUUCUUCACAAUUUUUGAGUAUUGCAUUAAUAUAAAGUCUUUUCACUAUAUUAUUACACCAUUUGGAACAACGGAACAUCAAUGUGUUUUUCAUUUCAAUCAUACUAGUACUUCUCAAACAUUUCUUGUUAAUAAACGUAAUACGACACAAUCUAAUAUAUGUUAUAGCACUACUAUAUCACUUUUAUUUUACUGUAUAACAAAAUAUCAUUGACAAAUGUUUGGUUGUUAUUUAUAUCUGCUGGCAUGUUUCUCUCUAUGUAUUUAUGCUAUUUAAGCAUGCAUCAAUGAAUUCAUAUAACAGCUGCCAUUGUACUGUUGUUGGAUUCUUUUUAUUACAGUAUGGGUGAAAUAGUAAUAGAACUUUAUUGGAAACAUGUGCCAAUUACCUGUAGGAAUUUUGCUGAACUUACGCGACGUGGCUAUUAUAAUGGAACAAAGUUUCACAGAGUUAUUCGAGAUUUUAUGAUCCAAGGUAUUGUGCGAUACUACGAUAUAGAUUUUAUGAUCCAAGGCUUUUUGCGAUACUAUAUUUUUUCUUUUCGUGGUGAUCCUACUGGAACUGGAAAAGGCGGUGUGUCUAUCUACGGAGAAUGUUUCGAUGAUGAAAUACAUGACGAUUUAAAACAUACCGGUACAAUUAAUAUAAAUACUUUUUGUAACAGUAAUAUAAGCGCUGGAGUUGUUUCCAUGGCCAAUUCUGGACCGAACACUAAUGGAUCACAGUUUUUCAUAACAUUAGCACCUACACAGUGGCUUGAUGGAAAACAUACAAUUUUUGGUAGAAUCCAUUCUGGUAUGGCAAUAGUGAAAAGAAUUGGAUUAGUAGAAACUGAUAAGAAUGACAGACCCGUUGAUGACAUAAAAAUUGUUAAAGGAUCAAUAAGAAACGCGUAAUAAAAUAAACAUGUCCUCGAUAAUUUAUAUUUCUUUAGAAUUUAUCUGUAAUAUAAUAUUUUGUAUAUAAUAAAAUAUUACUCACAUUUUUGCACCAGAUUCGAAGAUUCAUUUUCUUAAUCAUUACAUUGCACGUACGAGUAUGAUACAUGUAAGUUUACCAUAAAAAAAUAUACAUAUAUAAAGAACAAAUACAACAUUCAAACUUAUCACGCUCGAUUCUUUAACUUUCCAAACAGUGUAUAAAAUUCUUCGAAUUUUGUACUUGAAACAAUUGUUAUGGACAUAAUGUACCAGGCGGAAUAUAACUGAAAAAGAUAGUAGACUAAUCAUGAUUUAUGUAAAUAUAAUGUUUGAUACGUGUUUAAACUAAAUAUUAUUUUUUAUUUUAUAUUUCAUUUUCUAUAUUUCUGAAAAUUUUCGCAAUUGAAAUAAUUUACCAUUGUUUGAACAGAGAUUAGAUUAUAAUUUACCAGUCUGUUUAAUCAGAGAUUAGAUUAUAAUUAAUUUAUAUGAAAUAAAGAACCUCAUAUUAUACGUAG